AUGGCGUCUGAUCUUCUGGAUAUUGAUGAGUACCAUGGUUAUAAAAUUGCUGACCCAUAUAGAUGGUUAGAAAACCCUGAUAGUGAAGAUACUAAGGCUUACGUGGAAGCUCAGAAUAAAUUGACAUUGCCAUUUUUGGAAAAAUGUUCAAUAAGAGAAAAAUUCAAAGAAAGAAUGACAGAACUCUACGAUUAUCCGAAGUACAGCUGCCAUUUUCGGAAAGGGCCAAGGUAUUUUCACUUCUUCAACACUGGGUUGCAGAACCAAAGUGUGAUGUAUGUCCAAAAUUCACUAGAUGAUGAACCUCAAGUUUUUCUUGACCCCAACAAAUUUUCAGAUGAUGGAACAGUGGCUUUAAGAGGAUAUGCCUUCUCGGAAGAUGGUGAAUAUUUUGCAUAUGGACUGAGUACAAGCGGGUCAGAUUGGGUAACAAUCAAGUUCUUGAAAGUUGAUGGUGCUGUGGAGCUUCCAGAUACUCUGGAGAGAGUGAAGUUCAGCUGCAUGGCUUGGACCCAUGAUGGAAAGGGAAUAUUUUACAAUUGUUACCUGAACCAGGAUGGGAAGAGUGAUGGGACUGAAACAUCAAUGAACCUUCACCAGAAAUUAUACUAUCAUAUAUUGGGAUUUCAACAGUCAGAGGAUGUAUUGUGUGCUGAAUUUCCAGACUACCCCAAAUGGAUGGGCGGAGCUGAGGUAUCAGAUGAUGGACAAUAUGUUCUCCUGUCAAUUCGUGAGGGCUGUGAUCCAGUCAACCGUCUUUGGUAUUACGACCUGAAAGAGUUGCCCCAUGGUAUUAAAGGAAUUCUUCCUUGGGUCAAACUAGUGGAUAACUUUGAUGCAGAAUAUGAAUAUGUCACUAAUGAAGGAACAGUAUUCACCUUUAAGACAAAUCUCAAUUCUCCUCGUUACCGCUUGAUUAAUAUUGACUUUAGCGAUCCUGAUCCUUCUAAAUGGAAAACUUUGGUUGCUGAGGAUGAGAAAGAUGUAUUAGAAUGGGCAGGAUGCGUCAAGAACAACUUUCUGAUUUUAUGCUACCUACAUGAUGUGAAACAUGUUCUGCAGCUGCAUGAGUUGGCCACAGGAGCACACUUAAAAACAUUUCCAUUGGAUGUGGGCAGUAUUGUGGGCUACAGUGGGCAAAAGAAGGACACGGAAAUCUUCUACCAAUUUACUAGUUUCCUGACACCAGGUAUUAUUUAUUAUUGUGAUCUGACCCAAGAUGAUUUGAAGCCACAUGUUUUCAGAGAAGUGACUGUGAAGGGAUUUGAUCCAUCUGAUUACCAGACUAUUCAGCUCUUCUAUCCUAGUAGAGAUGGUACACAAAUACCAAUGUUUAUUGUUCAUAAAAAAGGAAUCAAGCUUGAUGACACUCAUCCUGCUUUUCUCUACGGAUAUGGAGGCUUCAAUAUAUCUCUUACACCAAGCUACAGUGUUUCAAGGCUUAUUUUUGUGAGGCAUCUGGGUGGUAUUUUGGCUGUUGCUAAUAUCAGAGGAGGAGGAGAAUAUGGGGAAAGUUGGCACAAAGGGGGUAUGCUGGAAAACAAGCAAAAUUGUUUUGAUGACUUUCAACGGGCUGCUGAAGUUCUCAUCGAGAAGGGCUACACUAGUUCAAAGAAACUGACCAUUAACGGAGGCUCUAAUGGUGGUCUAUUAGUGGCGGCUUGCGUCAACCAGCGACCUGACCUCUUUGGCUGUGCUGUAGUGCAGGUUGGAGUCAUGGAUAUGCUUAAAUUCCAUAAGUUCACCAUUGGACAUGCAUGGACCACUGACUUUGGCUGUUCAGACUGCAAGGAACAGUUUGAAUACUUAAUCAAAUACUCACCACUUCACAAUAUUAAACUACCAGAUGAUGGCAUUCAGUAUCCAGCAAUGUUGUUGAUGACAGCAGAUCACGAUGACCGUGUCGUUCCUCUCCAUUCUAUGAAGUUCAUAGCUACUCUGCAACAUGUUGUUGGCCGUAGCCCAAAUCAGAGUAACCCCCUGUUCAUCUAUGUUGAUACCAAGGCUGGGCAUGGUGCAGGAAAGCCAACAGCUAAAGUAAUUCAGGAGGUCACUGAUAUGUAUGCCUUCAUUGCAGAAACAUUGCAUCUUGAAUGGGUCAAUUGAGAUAGGUUUUGUUAUAUAUUCAUAUAGUUGGUAUUGAAGGUGUGGUUUCAAAACAUGUAAACAAAUUUAGAAUACGCAUCAGACAUUUAAGAAUAGGAUCAUCAUAAAGUAAUAUGUUCUUUGAGAUUGAAGGGUAUUUUCAGACCUCAGUAGAAUAACAAUUCCUACAAAGUAAGAGAUACAAAAUAAAAAAAAAGUAGUUAAAGUUUAACAGCUGUGUGCAGCAUUUUGAGAAAUAAAUAAGCCACUAAAGAUUCCAGUGGUUAUUUACUCCUAUAAACACAAUUUCUUAUUAUUAUAGUGAUAUCCAUUUUGUGUUUGUGUGUUUUUAACCUGUAUACGUGGAAUAUUGUCGGAAUUGGACAUAACCUGAGAUUAUUUUACACAAUUGGACCUUUUUUCCACUUGAAAAGAAACUCCAGCUAAUAAAGCUAGAUUUAAAUAAUUAAGGAGAUUUUCAAAUAAAUGGCGUAGUAAUUGUCCGUUUAAACAUUUUUGUUUUCUACAGUACAGAAAGGUAUAGAAACAUUUCAUUUGGUGUGGAUUUUUACUUUGUACUCAGCAUAAUUCAGACUUUUCUGCCAUUUCCCUUUCCUUUUGAUCAUCAAUUACUCACAUCUACUAAUGCUUCCAUUAGAAUGGUAACAAUUAUUUUCAUUAUUUAAACAAACUGAAUAAAAUGAAUAAUGCUCUGGGGUUGACGUUUCUUCUACUUUCCAGAUGUAUAAAUAAUAGCUUUCCAUUGCUGUAAGCAAUUAGUUUGUGACUUUAUAGACUGGUCCACCCCACUACAUUGGAACAGGUCAAUUUCCAUGUGCUUGGUUAUAUAUGGCAUUGUUUAAAGCCAUUUGUAAGCAUGAAAAUUCAGGGACACAGUAAAUAAUCUAAGUUUGUAUCACUGUGAUGUAACUUAGAAUAUCACAUUUUUCUGUGUUCUGAUAGGUUAUUUUGUGUGCUUUGUCUGUUUAAAGAAAGCCCAGCACAAUACAUCUUGGAUUUUUGAAAGCUCCUGCUGCAUUUUUCCCGGUAAUGUGCAAUUUCACCAGGUGGUAGAGAGGAGAGGUGUUUUGAGAUUUUUGUCCAAAUGUAUUGGAUGCAUUUGGUAAAUCACAUGUUGUGACGCAGUAGAAUUAAGUUAUACUAAUGCUGAUUUAGAAGUUUUUGAUUUAUAAGGUGUAAGUAGUGUAUUGAAAUAGAGCAUAGGCUUAUGAAUUAUUUUUCUUAGCUUAGUCUCUGUUGGAUAUACAGCAAAAUAAGCUACAAAUACAACAUAGUUUUAAAACUAAUUUCAGACAGCCACAUACUUUACCAUGUAAUUUCAGUGCAUUUAAGUUGCAUUUGACUGUUAAACAAUAUAAUUUUUACCUCAAAUCUCGGUUGAAGAAAGCACUAAUAACUAAUAAUUCAGGUUCACACCUUCUUAUGCUGAAUUAAUGUACCGGGUUUUAGAACCUGAAAAAAUAAAAUGCAAUUUGCCAAACA